UGCAGGACUGUCUCUUCUUAGCUGGUGGACAGACACACAGCUGCUCGAAAAGGAGCAGAUGAAGAAGAAGAAGCAAGGGGAGACAUAUUUAUUUGGCAAUAAAUAUGAAUAAGUGUAACAUACUUGACUCUCUGGAAAAUCCUAACAAAAGAAUCAUAAUUUAGUGGUCACAAAUUAUUCAUUCAUUACAGAAAGGCUCCCUUUUGGGUGGAGGUAUUUAUAAGUCUGAACCUGAGGGGGAUUAAAGGAGCUAUGAGGUGAAAAACAAAGUAACUUUCUGUCAAGUUUCCACCAUUGCAGUCUUUAAAGUGGACAAAUGAAGUUGUCACAUCUCGCAGAAAUGGACUGAGCCUCCAUCACCUGACGUGCACUCACCUGAGAGGAUUGUAAGGAGAGGAAGCUUGCAAAGUUUAAAGAGUGCACUGAGGUGAAGACGCUGAGGGAAAGAUGGAAGAAGCAGCAAAGGACAGCUGCCAGAUGACCAGCCAGCAGGCUCUGUGUGACCCCACUGAGCAGCAGCCCAGAAAGCACCCUGGCCUCUCCACUCUCAAACUCUUUAUUGUGGCGCUUUCCUUCGCCUACUUCUCCAAAGCCCUGACAGGGACCUACAUGAAGAGCUCCAUCACUCAGAUUGAGAGACGUUUUGACCUCUCCAGCACACAAAUUGGACUCGUAGAUGGCAGCUUUGAGAUGGGCAACUUGUUGUUUCUAGCCGUGGUUAGCCAUUUUGGGGCUAAGCUCCAUCGGCCCAGACUCAUUGCUGUGGGAUGUUUCCUCAUGGCUGUUGGGGCCUUUCUCAUUGGCCUGACCCAUUUCUUCAUGGGACGCUAUAAAUAUGACACAGUGAUUCAGGUCUUCCAGAAUAACAGUGUGAAUAUUGCUGCCUGUGUGGAUCCUCUGAAAAUAGUUGAAGUGCCAGAGAGUGAGAUACAUCCCUCUGUGGAAGAAGACAAAGCAUGUGUGAAAGAGCCUGGUUCCAACAUGUGGAUCUAUGUAUUCCUGGGGAAUGCUUUGCGAGGGAUUGGAGAGACUCCAGUCACACCUCUGGGAAUCUCCUACAUUGAUGACUUUGCUAAAGCUGAAAACUCUCCCUUCUACAUAGCUUGUCUGCAGACCAUUACGCUCCUGGGUCCCAUGUUUGGAUUUCUCCUGGGUUCCUAUUGUGCCAAACUAUAUGUUGACAUUGGAUAUGUUGAUAUGGAAACUGUGAUCAUCACUCCUAAAGAUGCUCGAUGGGUGGGUGCCUGGUGGAUGGGUUUCUUUGUAUCUUCUGCCCUCCUGCUAAUUUCCAGCAUCCCCUUCUGGUUCUUGCCUCGUUCUCUGCCAAAGCAGGAGGGUGAAGAGGAAACGUCAACUCGUGCCCAUGCAGCCCUGGACGGGGCUGAGGAUGCACUCAAGAGUGACCACAGCCUCAAGCUGACUGAAAUUGCAAAAGGGUUCCUUCCAUCGCUGAAGCGUCUGUUGGGAACUCCUGCCUACUUCCUGCUUCUUUGUGGAAGCAUCCUGAAAUUCAACUCCUUCAUUGGCCUGUUCACCUUCAAAGCCAAAUACAUGGAGCAACAAUUUGGACAGUCUGCGUCAAGAGCCAACUUUCUCAUAGGGGUGCUAAACCUACCGGCAGUGGCAACUGGAAUCUUCCUGGGUGGACUUCUGAUGAGGAGGUACAAGCUGAGUGUGGUUUCAGGAGCUCAGUUCUCCUUUGCCACAUCCUUCAUGGGAUACCUCCUCUUACUGCUGCAAUUUGGCACCAAGUGCGAUAACAUACCUGUGGCUGGGCUCACAGUGUUGUACAAUGGGACAAAGAGUGUGUCGUACAAUGGAGAGAUGCUCUACUCUGAAUGUAACAGAGACUGCUCGUGUCCAGCAGAAGACUGGGACCCUGUCUGUUCAGAUAGUGGCAUCACUUACAUCUCCCCAUGUAUGGCUGGCUGCCUCAGCUCCAGUGGAUACGGCAAGAAUACAGUCUUUCACAACUGCAGCUGUGUAGCCACCUCCUUUCCAGCAGGCAGCACUAUGUCAGUGAGGCUCGGACAGUGCCCUCAUGCCAAAGGCUGCAGCCGUAGUUUCACCUCCUACAUGGCUGUAUCCGUUCUCAGCUCCUUUAUCAAUGCUCUGGGAGCCACACCAGGCUACAUGGUCAUAAUACGAUGCAUUUCACCAGAGCUCAAAUCCCUUGCACUGGGUAUUCAGACCUUGGCAACCAGGACUCUUGGAGGAAUUCCUGCACCUGUGUAUUUUGGAGCUCUGAUUGAUUCAACUUGCAUGAAAUGGUCAAUCAAGAAGUGUGGAGGAAGGGGGGCAUGUCGCAUUUAUGAUGCCGAUUUGUACAGAAUAAUUUUCUUAGGUCUGAUCACUUGUCUAAGUGGUUCCUCCUAUUUCUUCAUCAUUGCUGUUAUCAUCCUCCUCAGACGACAGUUUCGGAGGCCAGAGCAGCUAAAAGAGUUGCACCAAUUAAAAGCUUCAAAGGAAAUUGACAUUAAGACCCCCAAAACAACAUUAGAAGGAACUCGGGUUAGUGCAAUAAAUCCAAAGCUUUGUCGCUCCAAGGUUUGUGUAAGGGUUGAGAGAGACUUGAAGGAAGAUGGGGAGGCUGACAAAACAGAGCAGUUCUCCCAUGAUGAUGGACUCAUCUCCUCCAAAAUCAUUCAGGAGUCUAAAUGCCUGACAGAAAGCACUGCUGAGUUCAAGCAUCAUUCUUCUGAUGGAGCAAACACAGAGAUGGUCUGUAAGGAAACAGUGGUACAGGUAGAAGAAGAGAGGCUGGGCAAACAUGCAGUUACCAAGAACAACUUAGAAGGAGGAAGUUAGCAAAAGUUAUAUUUACUCUCAAGGUGAAGAGAGUUCUUUUCUCAGAUGGACGCUUAGCAUGCUAAGUGCUAAUAGUAUUUUCCUUUUUAUUAUUACAAGAUAGAACUGCUCUAUUAUGUUUAGUUCGGAGCAGGGCAGGAGCUAAAUGUGCUCCCAUUUCAACAGCUGUAGAAACAUGGUAGAAUACUUGAUGUAAAAAUGGAAUUAUGCUGGACGGGCCAAUGAAAAAUACAUGCAAAAUGCUGGCUAUGUAUGUGUAUG